AUGCCAGCAUCGUUAAAUGGUUUCAGUUUAUAUUUUGAUGAUACUUUAUCAUCAAUCAAACAUUUGGCAAUGGAUCUCAUACACGACACUCGACACUUUCAUUCACUUUAUUUAAGACAUCGAUUUGUUGACAGUAUCUAUCUUCGUUAUCUCCGAUCACAAGAGACAAUUCAUGUUUUAAAAAUAGAUGAGAGGAGUAACUCUACUAACAUCAAAGAUGAGUUGAUAACCGAUUAUACUUUUCUUUAUAAAUACUGUCAUCUGAUGGAAAUAGUUGUGAACGAUAUUACAGAGAAACGACUGAGAUUACGAAGACACAAAAUGAUGCAAAAUAUUUAUAAACUAUUAGGGUUAUUUGAAGAAGCCAUUUAUCCCGAUACUUUACCUAUCAUCAGCACAACAAAUAUCAUUUUCCCGCCGUCACGAAUAGGCUUUGAUGUUAUUAAACGUGAUGUUAUGUUUUUGGAUGAAAUCAAAGAUUUCUUUAUAGUCAUAAGCAAUCGUUAUGAUUAA